AUGCCAACAACAACACGCCAAGCUAAGGCCGCUUCCUUAAGGGUGUGCUUGCAGAGGACUUUAAGGAUCACCUACCGCUUAUCCUUCUGGCACAAGGUGGUGAAGAGGCUAUGGCAGUGCACACUGCUCAACAAGGAACUACUUUGCUGCAAAAAAGUUUAUAGCAGGCAGUUGACUUUGUACAUUUUACACACUAUGAGAGGAGCCCUUGAGGUCAGAGCGUUUCUUGGCGACUACGGGGGGGGGGGGGAACCCAUGUGCAAAGUAUGUUUAUGGCGAAGCUUCACCUUCUGCGCCCACACAAAAAAAGGAACUGCCCUUAGUAGACGUUUUCCCUGUCAGAAAUAUUUUGUUUUAAAGACAAUGCCUAUAUGUUACACUGCUAGACGACCAACCAACGGUCCACCUGCAGGCCCCAACCCGCCUGCCCCGCUUUCAUUACAGGCUGAGGUACUUGCUGCCAAUGUGGGUGCAGACGCCAAUGCCAAUGCUGCUGCAGAUACCAAUGCCAAUGCAGAUGUAAAUGCACCUGCAGGUGUCGCUCUUAAUGCAGGUCCUGCUGUCGAUGCAGUUGCGGCUGCAGAUGUCAUUGACCAUAUCGAGGCAGAUGUCAAUGGUCAUGUCGAGGCAGAUGUCAAUGGUCAUGUCGACGUCGGUAUCGAUGUUGAUGGUAAUGCCGGCCCCGAUGGUGAUGAGGAUGGCGAGGAUGACGACGUGGCAGAGCCAUUAUCCCCCGUCUUCUGCAUGAAGCCUGAUUUCGUUGAUGUCACCCAUUAUGAUGAUAUUCAAGGCGUAUUACAGCUGCCGCCACAGGAGCAUGAAGGCCUUUGA